AUGUCGGAUCCCGAUUUAUCGUCUCCGCUGAUCCAGCGUCAACCAGAGGUCGUCAUCUCAAUCCACGACAACGGAGAAGAAGACUAUAAUCAUCCCUCCGCUGGUCAACAAAACCAACCUCCACGUGUUCCACGUCAUGACCAUCUCAACCCUCCUUUCGGCUUCCUCAGCGACGCCGAGCCUCCUCCGACGACGGUGGAUCCGUUCCGGAACGAUACGCCGGGAGUCAGCGGACUGUACGAGGCGAUAAAGAUCGUGAUUUGCCUCCCGAUAGCGUUGCUUAGACUUGUUAUAUUUGGAGCUAGCUUGGCUGUUGGUUACGUGGCGACGAAGCUGGCGCUUGCUGGGUGGAAAGAUAAGCAUAAUCCUAUGCCUCGUUGGAGGUGUAGGAUCAUGUGGGUUACUCGGAUCUGUACAAGAUGUAUCCUCUUCUCCUUUGGUUAUCAUUGGAUACGACGGAAAGGGAAACCUGCUCGGAGAGAUAUUGCUCCCAUCGUUGUAUCAAACCAUGUUUCUUUCAUUGAACCAAUCUUCUUCUUCUAUGAGCUAUCACCCACCAUUGUUGCAUCGGAGUCGCAUGAUUCACUUCCUUUUGUUGGAACCAUCAUCAGGGCAAUGCAGGUGAUAUAUGUUAAUAGAUUCUCACAAGAAUCAAGGAAGAACGCUGUGCAUGAAAUAAAGAGAAAAGCCUCCUCCGAUAGAUUCCCCCGUCUGCUGCUAUUCCCUGAAGGAACCACUACCAAUGGGAAAGUUCUUAUCUCCUUCCAGCUCGGCGCUUUCAUCCCAGGCUACCCUAUUCAACCUGUAGUUGUCCGGUAUCCCCAUGUACAUUUUGAUCAAUCCUGGGGGAAUAUUUCUUUGUUGAUGCUCAUGUUUAGAAUGUUCACUCAAUUUCACAACUUCAUGGAGGUUGAAUACCUUCCAGUAAUCUAUCCCAGUGACACUCAGAAACAGAAUGCUGUGCGUCUCUCACAGAAGACCAGUCAUGCGAUUGCAACAUCUUUGAACGUGGUCCAAACAUCUCAUUCUUAUGGGGACCUCAUGCUAUUGAACAGAGCAACUGAGUUAAAGCUGGAAAACCCCUCAAAUUACAUGGUUGAAAUGGCCAAGGUUGCAUCGCUAUUCCAUAUAAGCAGUUUAGAGGCAGUUCGGUAUUUGGAUACAUUUUCUUCCAUGAAUCCGGACUCUAGUGGACGUGUUACUCUACAUGACUUUCUUCGAGUUCUUAGACUGAAGCCUUGCACUCUCUCUAAAGGGAUAUUCGGGUUCAUCGAUGUGGAGAAAGCUGGAUCAAUAACUUUCAGACAGUUCUUGUUUGCCUCGGCUCAUGUAUCGGCACAGCCACUUUUUCAGCAAACAUGCGAGCUAGCAUUUUCUCACUGUGACGCAGAUGGAGAUGGCUUUAUCUCCAUUCAAGAACUUGGAGACGCGCUGAAACUCACAAUACCAAACUCGAACAAGGACGAGAUACAAGGGAUGUACAUUUUGCUAGACGAGGACAAAGAUCAAAGAAUCAGCAAGGAUGACUUCUUGUCCUGCUUAAGAAGAAACCCUCUGCUCAUAGCUGUCUUUUCCCCUAUCUUGUCCCCAACAUAACACAGACAGAAAAAAAUAGCUGGCCAAGAUCUGUGAUUCUGUGCAAUGAUUCAACCCAUACCUUUGUGGUAUUCAUUAUCUACCUUUUUGUUUUUUGUUUUUUUUUUCUUUUUUCAGAUUGUAAAAAAAAAAUGUCAAAACUAAAGAUAGGGGCUGCUAUGUUUUUGGCCUAUCCCCUCCUCCGUGGAUUCCUCAUCCUGAGUUUUGGACUAUAACUGCGUGCCGUUUUGUACCCCAGAAAACGCUUUGGUGUUUGCUCCUCUAGUUCUGAGCAAGCUCUAUCUGUAUUUGUAUCAUCCGAAUUUCGAUUGUAUCAGUGGUUAUUUCUUUAUUUUUGACUUAUUUUA